AUGCUUUCAGCACUCUCAGGGACAAAUGUCCGCCAAACAAUCGCCCAGGUCAUGAACUUUGGCCUUGUCCUAGGAACUGCCUUCAUGAUCUGGAAGUCACUGUCCGUCCUGUCCGCUAGCAGCUCUCCCAUCGUGGUCGUUUUGAGUGGUUCUAUGGAACCGGCUUUUCAGAGGGGUGAUCUUCUGUUCUUAUGGAACCGCGCUCCUCGCGCGGAGAUCGGUGAAAUUGUUGUUUACAAUGUGAGAGGAAAAGACAUUCCUAUUGUGCACCGCGUAUCACGAACAUUCCCGGAGGUUGAAGGAAAGAACAACAAGGCCAAGGAGAUCACAGUCGAUGCGACACCAAGCACCCACAUGCUCUUGACCAAGGGCGAUAACAACCUCGCAGAUGAUACCGAACUAUAUGCACGCGGCCAAGACCAUCUUUCCCGUUCCGAGGACAUUGUUGGAAGUGUGCGAGGCUAUAUUCCGAUGGUUGGAUACGUGACGAUCAUGCUCUCUGAACACCCUUGGCUGAAAACAGUUCUUCUUGGCUUGAUGGGCUUGAUGGUCAUGCUUCAACGAGAAUAA